CCGUCUCCUAGCAGCAGCCUUCGCGGCCCCAUGGAGCCCGGCGGGGAACGCGAGCUGCGGCAGCGGCGGCACCUCCCCGAACUCAGGCACCAGGCGGCCGAGUAUUAUCGGAGCAACGAGGUCCCGCAACGGCUGAAGGAGGCGCUCAACGCCACGUUCUACCUGCGCCCUCCGGACCUCUACGGCCACCUGGCAGAUGCUCCCACAGCCACAACUGUUGUGCAAACCUCUGCCAUGCAUCAUAAGAAUGAAGAUAAAGGGAGUCUGGCUAACUACUUCUCUAAAUUUUCAAAACCUCCAGUAAUAUGCAAAUUAAUUGGAAGGAAGGUACUUGAUGGAGUUGGUCGACCAACAUUAGAAGUGGAAAUAUUUUGCACAGUUAAAAACCAUGAGAAGAGCAUUUGUUCCAUUGUGAUCUCUUCUCACUCUGAAAUCCUUGAAAAUGCUUCACCUGAAGCAAUUGAUGCUGAUGAGAAUGAAAGGAAUGACUCUAUUAAUAGAGCCCUGGAAUGGGUAAAUGGAUCACUGAAUGAAAUGCUUAGAGACCUGCAACCUGCUGACCAGUGUAAAGCUGAUGAGCUGCUUGGUGAAUACUUUGCAAAGAAGGUAGAAGAAGAAAAAGAAAGAAAGGCAAUUGAAAAGGAAGAACAAGAAGCAGCAAUUUCUGCACCUGCAUAUGUUCCAGCUUUAUCAGCUGUAACACCAUCUGGCAAAAAAAAAGGAGUCAAAUUAGGGAAGAAGAGUUCUGUUGCAGAGAAACCAAUCUCACCUGCAGAACCUAUCGAACCAGUGCUCUGUGGCAGCAUAGCCAUUGGAGGAUUAUCACUUGCUGUUGCUAAAACUGGUGCCACCAUUAACAACACACCUUUGUACCUACAUCUUGCAUUGAUGAAACAUGAUCCGGAUUUGCCUAAGGAGUUGACUAUGCCGCUACCAAUGGUCACUCUGUUGAGCUGUGGAAAAUCAUCAUCUGGAAAACUGAAGUUAAUGAAAGAAGUGAUGCUCAUACCACCCACAGAGUUAACAGUUAAACAAGGUAUUGAAAGGCUUCUGGAGAUUCAGAAACAAAUGAUGAGAUUGCUGGAUCCUGUAAGCAAAGGGUCCAGCCCUCAGCUAACAGACAGUAAAAAAGGCAGCGCGCGUAGUGCAGUGAAAAAAGCUCCGCCAUCAGUUUUGAAGAGAAUAUCCCAUUUGGGGUGCUUAAUAACAGGGUGCGAUAGUCUAGAACAACCUCUGAUCUUACUGCAAACAGCUUGCAGGAAUCUAGGUCUGGAACUAGGAAUAGAUGUACAUUUAGCAAUAAACUGUGCUGCUCAUGAAUUGAUGGACUAUACCAAAGGAAAAUAUGAAAUACUGACUGGAACACUCAAGAGUCCUGAUGAAAUGGUCGAUAUGUACGUGGACCUAAUUAAUAAAUACCCCUCAAUUAUUGCAUUAAUAGAUCCCCUGAGGAAAGAGGAUGGCCAGCAAUGGAGCAAUAUAUGUAAUGCUGUUGGUUCCAGAUGUUAUUUGAUUGCAGAAGAUGCAGCCAAAAGUAUUUCUAAACUUGUGGAGGAUCAAAAUAUAAACGUACCAAAAUGCAGUGGUCUUAUAAUAAAAUAUACAAAUCAAACCAAGAUAUCUGACCUCACAGAACUUACCCGACUUAUAGAUGGUCAAAGACAUAUUGCCAUAUUAGGAAGUCCAGCUGGAGAAUCUUCUGAUGAUAGCCUUGUAGAUCUGGCUGUUGGCCUGGGUGCCAGGUUUAUCAAGUUGGGAGGUCUUUCCCGUGGAGAAAGGGUGACCAAAUACAACCGCCUUCUUGCUAUAGAGGAAGAACUGGCCAAGAAUGGAACACUGCGUUCAGGAGAAAACCAUGAAUUUGUUGAUUUUGCUGAAGAGGCACUAACAGUGGAAGAAGUUCUCGAUGCAUUCCCUACCACAGAGCAGGACCCAUGGCCUUCAGAGCAUUCUCAGCCUCUGCUGGCCCAGGACCAAAAUCCUGUUUCCUUACAUGGUAGCACACUGCAUCUCAAUGAGGCUACCAACUUGGACCCAUCAAUAUUUCCUUGACAGUUUGGCACUAAGGUGAUAUCAAAGGUCUAGUCCAUCCUCAACUCUCAUUAAAGUUAAUAGGAGUUAAAGGUGCUCAGCACCACACAGGAUUGGAUCCUAAAUUUGGAGUUUUAGGUUCUGAUGAUGCUAUUAGAUCUGUGAGGAAGGGAUCAUGUGCUUGUUUGGAACCAUACUUAAGUUUCCACAUGGUUGCAAGGAUUUCCCUCUCGUGCAGAUGCAAUAAGGCUCUAGUGAAUUCUCAGUGAAUCAAACUUCAACUGUUUGAUUGCCAUUAAUUCUACCCUGUUACAUCUAACUAACAAUAAACUGUUUUUAAAUGCCUGAAGUUCAGUGAUUACCGGUACUUUGUCUUCAUUCAAACCCAUCCUAUUUUGAGUUUUUGUACCUACGCAUGUUUUAUUAGUCUCUAAUUCUGAUGUAUCUGCUCCACCUUGUAUUUAGCUGUGACACGCUGAGUACCUUUCCCAGACCAAGAGCAGCUCUGUGUAAGCUCAAAAGCUCGUCUCUCUCACCAACAGAAGUUGGUACAAUA